AUGAAAAUAAACUGUAGUAUUUUAAUAUUUGUUUGCUUCGCAAUUACCCUUGGCCACUGUUUGGAGGAAAGCAACGUUCAAUGCUUCUAUCAUGAAUUACACUUAUACCCAAUUGACGAUUUCCACAAUGUAGCUGCCAUCAAAGGUAAAGCAUGUGUAUUCCAUCACCAAACACAGGUUCAAUUCAAUUUUGCAAGAAAAGACAUUAUAUUCAAUAAUAUUGAAGAUAACUAUCUAGGUGAUGACGUUGGACUUAAUCAAUUGGUGGUUGUAACCCAACAACGUAAUGUCACCUAUCCAAAUGUAUCUGCAUUGGUAGAGCGUCCUGAUGAUGGAAUGUACAUCAUUACUAUCUCAAAGAAUUGA